AUGUUUUCACGCAACAAGGACCUCUCGCAAAUGACCUCGCUGUCGGGCAUCCGAUCGCGCUUCAAAAGCAGCAUGUCGUCGUCGGCCAAGAUCCGCAGCUCCGAGGGCUGCUGGACCUGCCGCCUGCGCCGCAAAAAGUGCGACGAGGCUCGGCCCGUCUGUGAAGGGUGCGCCCAGCUCGAGAUCAACUGCUUCUACAGCGAGACGAAACCAGAUUGGAUGGACGGCGGCGAGCGCCAAAAGGAGAUGGCAGACCAGCUGAAGAAGCAGGUCAAGAUUCAGGCCAACAACCGCCGCGAGCGCAAGUAUCUGCAGGGCCUCGAUGUGGAGGGCGGCGGCGGCGGAUCCGAGGAUGGCGACCACGUUCCUCCCGUGCCGGCCCUGAGUGCCGACGACGGCUCAUCAAAGGCCAACGACUCCAACAGCCCGUCCACCGUAAACGACACCCCCGGCGACUCCUCGUCCAGCCCACCCUUCCAGAUGAACUCGGUCAAGUCGUCCAUCCAUGAAAUCGCCCCCGGCGCCUCGCCGAAUCAGAUCCGGCAGCACACCCCGGAAUGGAACAACCACUCCAGCCCCAUCUCCGCGGCACAGCACCACCAUCAUCACCACCAUCAACAACAACACCAGCAGCCCAAUGAUUUCGCCUUUGGCUUCGGAACCGGGGCCGUCCUCCCCGCCGCAGCACCAACUUCCACCCCGCCCUUCGCCGACGACUCCAACAUCGGCUUCAUCAUGAUCUACCUCGACUACGUCUUCCCCUUUCUCUUCCCCUUCUACAAGCCGGCCCUCCUCGAAGGCGGUCGCGGCUGGCUCCUCAACGUCCUCAACCACAACAAGGCCCUCUACCACACGGCCCUCAGCCUCUCCUCCCACUUCUUCGGCGUCGUCCUCGACAGCGCCCAGGUCGAGCAUGCCCCCUGCCGCAUGAAGAGCGUCGCCAGCCUCCGUCACCAGAUGCACCUCGCCCUCCGCGAGCUCCGCGCCGACAUGACCCGCAUCAGCGAGGGCGCCGCCACCCGCGACCCCCAGGACCAGCUGCAACAGAGCUGCCGCGUCCUCGAGAGCAUCGUCCAGCUCCUCAUCUUCGACGUCACCCUGGCCACGACGGACCACUGGCACAUGCACCUCGACGCCGCAACCAUCAUCUUCCAGCAGAUCCUCCCCCAGCCCGACCGCUGGGACCCAACCAUGAAGAGCAUGGCCAUCCCCCUCCUCCAGGGCGUCAGCUUUCCCCCCGGAUCCCACAAGCCCUGGUCCCCGGACCAGGCCGCCCUCCGCUUCUUCACCGCCUCCCUCCUUUACUUUGACAUCAUCUCCGCCACGGCCCUCGAGCGCCCGCCCCGCCUGCAGCCCUACCACCGCCACCUCCUCUCCCCGCGCAAGGAAGACGGCACCGCCUGCGCCGAGGUCGAGCCCCGGCUGCGGCUCGAGGAGUACUUUGGCUGCCAGAGCUGGGUCCUCCAAAUCAUUGGCGAAAUCGCCACCCUCGACGCCUGGAAAAAGGAAACCCGCCGCGCCGGCUCCCUCUCCAUGACCCACCUCGUCUCCCGCGCCGGCUGCCUCGAGCUCGCCCUCCGCGAGGGCAUCGCCUGCAUGGACAACGCCUGCCCGCAGCUCCUGGGCACCUGCACCGACGAAAUGUCCUGCCGCGCCGGCGCCUGCGGUAUGGCCGACACCCCGCCCCCGCACCCCACCCACGUCGACACCACCAGGCUGCCCCCGGACCCCCUGACGCUCUACCAGAGCCACCAGAGCCGCGACUCGGACGCGGCCCGCACCCACACCAAGAUCUGGGCCUACGCCGCCCUCACCUACCUCUCGACCGUCGUGUCCGGCUGGCAGCCCUCGUGCCCGGAGACGGCCUCCAGCGUCGCCAUCGCCAUUGAGCUGCUCAACUCGCUCCACAGCCCCGUCUGCCUGCGCACCGUCGUCUGGCCCUUUUGCGUCAUCGGGUGCCUCGCCGACCCGUGCCAGGAGCACAUGUUCCGCGAAAUGGUUGGCAGGAUGGGCGCCCUCGAAGUCUUUGGCUCCAUCAAGGCCGCGCUCGGCGUCAUGGAGAACGUGUGGGCGAAGCGGGAGACCAUUGACGAGAGCUGGGACAUCACCGCCUGCUUCAAGGUCCUCGGCCAUGCUGUACUCUUGACCUGA